CACAGCCAUUGUGUUUGCUUCUGCCGGCAGCGGCGGUGUCAGGUUGUGGAAGGGUGGCAGGCCCCUGGCGCUGGUGAGCGGACUCGCGGCGGGGAUGGAGGCGUUGCCGGGCCCAGGAUCGCUAGGCUGGAUCUGUGGCCGUCCGCGGCGUUGAUGACGCCGGCUGGGCCCACGCUUCGUCCCCGCGGCCGGCGGUGCCUUCCCUGUAAUGUCCCGAAGCUGCCAGGUACAGAGCCGCCUUUGUACCUUUUCGCCGAUUAGUCGAGCCUCGCACGGAGCCGCGCACCUGCGGGUACAGCGAUGAACAGGGCAGAUGUGGCCAGGUGACCCUUCCAUCACUCCACACCCCCAACUCUGAAAAAGGUCUCCUGAGAUCUGAAUUACAGAUCAUCAUUUUAAUCAGACAGAUUUGCAGCUGCAACAGGCUGCUUUUGGGGAUCACGAUGGCCACCCAUGGCAGGGGAACUUUAGGAAUCAUCCCUAGGGGUGCUGUCCUCCAGAAGCAGGAGGGCCUUCCAACCGUGAAGCAGGAGCCAGAGAGCCAGAUCUGGGGGCAGGGCUGCAGCCUCCAAAAGAACCAUCCUCCUGUCUGUGAAAUUUUCCGGCUGCACUUCAGGCAGUUAUGUUACCAUGAGAUGUCUGGGCCGCAGGAGGCACUGAGCCGUCUCCGGGAGCUCUGCCGCUGGUGGCUGAUGCCAGAGGUGCACACCAAGGAGCAGAUCCUGGAGCUGCUAGUUCUGGAACAGUUCCUGAGCAUUCUGCCCAGGGAGAUUCGGACCUGGGUGCAGCUGCAUCACCCUGAGAGCGGUGAGGAGGCUGUGGCUGUGGUGGAGGAUUUCCAGAGACACUUUGGUGGACCAGCAGAGGUUUCAGUUCCAUCCCAGGAACCGGAAAUGCAUUUGGAGGAGACAACAGCCCUGGGUGCAAUAGAGGAAUCUCCUCCUACUUCACCCCUCAGUGAGGAUUCAGCUCUUGGAAUCCACCUGGACCCUCCUCACCAUGCAGGGCUACACCACUUCCCCCAUGGGCACCCUGCUCAGCGUACUUCCCCAGUUCCUGCCCCUCCUCAGCCUGGGAACUUAGGAGACCAAGCAGCAGCAACUGUGCUUCCCAUGGUCAGGCCCCAGGGGUCUGCAGCACAUGAGUUCCUGCCUGUGGACUAUACUCAGAAGAGGUGGAAACGUCUGGCGUACAGUCAGAGAGCCCAGUGCCAGAACAUCAUGCUGCAAAAUUACCACAGCAUGGCCUCAUCGGCAAAUGAAUCUAGAAUGGAGAGUUCAGAGUUGUCUCCGAAGGAAGAAAUUUCUGAAGGAUCAGAGUCAUUUGACAGGAUAUCAGGAUGCCUCCAUGGGGUGGUUCCUGGGGGACUAGAAGCUAAAAAUGUCUGUGAAGAUGCUUUAGAGAAGCUAGAAGCACAGUCAGAUGAGCAAGGGAGCAGACUAAAAUGUGGUUUUUUGGAAAUACAUGAGGAUAAAAAUAAAUUCAGUAAAGAUGGAUGUGAUGAAUAUAAGGAACUUGAGCUUUCAAAUCUAUCCUCCAUUCCCACUGAACAUCAAGGAGUUCUAAAGGGACAGAAAUUCUAUAGGUGUGGUGAAUGUGGCAAAGGUUUCAAUCGGAGUUCACACCUUAUUGGCCAUCAGAGAAUCCACACUGGAGAGAAACCAUAUGAGUGUAAUGAGUGUGGUAAGACCUUCAGGCAGACCUCUCAGCUCAUAGUUCAUCUCAGAAUUCACACAGGGGAAAAGCCCUAUGAAUGCAGUGUGUGUGGGAAGACCUAUCGGCACAGCUCCCAUGUCAUUCAGCACCAGAGGCUCCACAAUGGGGAGAAACCGUAUAAAUGUAAUGAAUGUGCAAAAGCCUUCACUCAGAGUUCACAACUCAUUGACCACCAGAGAACCCAUACUGGGGAAAGACCUUAUGAGUGUGACAAGUGUGGGGAGGCCUUCAUUCGGAGUAAAAGUCUUGUCCGACAUAAGGUACUUCACAGUGGUGAGAAACCCUACAACUGUAAUGCAUGUGGGAAAGCUUUCUGUUCUAAUCGAAAUCUUAUUGACCAUCAGAGAAUCCACACUGGGGAGAAGCCUUAUGAGUGUAACAAAUGUGGCAAGGCCUUCAGUCGGAGUAAAUGUCUCAUUCGACAUCAAAGCCUCCACACUGGGGACAAACCAUACAAAUGUAGUGAGUGUGGGAAAGCUUUCAACCAGAACUCUCAGCUUAUAGACCACGAGCGAAUUCAUACCGGAGAAAAACCUUUUGAAUGUAACGAGUGUGGUAAGGCAUUCAGUUUGAGUAAAUGUCUUAUUCGACAUCAGAGACUUCACACAGGUGAAAAGCCCUAUAAAUGCAAUGAGUGUGGAAAAUCCUUCAAUCAAAACUCACACCUCAUUAUACACCAGAGAAUUCACACUGGUGAGAAACCUUAUGAAUGUAAUAAGUGUGGGAAGGUCUUUAGUUAUAGUUCCAGUCUUAUGGUGCAUCAGAGAACCCAUACUGGGGAGAAACCCUACAAAUGCAAUGAUUGUGGGAAAGCCUUUAGUGACAGCUCACAACUUAUUGUGCACCAGAGAGUUCACACUGGAGAGAAACCCUAUGAAUGUAUUGAGUGUGGGAAAGCCUUCAGCCAGCGUUCCACUUUCAAUCACCACCAGCGAACUCACACUGGUGAUAAGCACUCAGGUGUGGCUCCAUCAGUUUCUUAAGGCCUGAUUCUCCAAGAUAGAGGAUGGAAUUUGAGUUAAGUUUUCAUUAUAAGAAGGAUAGUCAUCUUAAUCUCCUGGAACCACUAAUCAAAGUAGGCCAUGUCCUUUAUUGCUGGCUCAAAGGUGGGGGAGAGGGAGUCAAUACAGUCCUUCCCCACCUUUAGGGAUAUAAGGACUACACAUUCAUGUAUUUGAUGGAUGUCCUUUUUUCUUUCAUUUGUUUAAAAACCGGUUUCAUUUUUAUUCAAACCAUAAUCAGACUCUUUUCAAGAACAGAUUGUGUUUUCCUUUUCAUUUCCCACCAAUCCAUUUUAGCAUUUACAGAAAGUUAUUUUCCAAGACUAAUUUUUUCCUUUCUCUUGGAUAUGGCCCUUCUUGUAUACUUCUUAAUUUGAUUCUAAUCCAGAUCCUCUGCACCUAGGUGACCUUUUCUUCCCACUUGCUAAAUCUAUGUACCUUAGAGCCUUCUAGAUCCUCCUCAUCCCUGAAAGAUUUUCUUCUUCAAAUGCCUCUUCAUUCCUCUUCAGCUUCUAUUCAUUUGACCUUAGUUGUUAUUACAAUAUGCAAUUGUUGAAUUGCCUUGUAAGUUUUUCUCAAUGCAUAUGUGUAAACUAUUGUAGGCUUUUUGAGAGUAGGUGUGAUAGCUAUUUUUUUAGCACAUGGAUAAUGAUUUUCAUAUACUUGUUUAAUAAAAUAUUUUAAGUCAGCUUUCCAACUGAACCAUCCUUAAAUUGGGCAUUAUAUCCCCCAUCCUGCCAACCAGACUAGAAGCUUCUAAAAAUGAAAGUGGAAUCUUACAGAAUAUCACAUAAAAAGGCCUCAUUAAUAUCUUCUGUGUGUACUUCUAGAAGUCCCACUACUGUUACUUUGUUGUACGUUUUUUAUAAAUAUCGUGUUUAGGAAGUUUCCUUGUAUUCCUGUUUAGAAGAGGCAAAGCAUUAUGGUACAGUAAAGAACCCAGAGUUUGUCCUAGCACAGUAGGUUCAAAUCCUGUCUCCACCACUCUUCUUAGGUUUGUGUUCUUGGCCAAGUCACUUAGCUUCCUCAUGUCUUAGUUCUUCCAUCUAUAAAAUUGAGCUACCUGAUAGGGUUGUGAGGAUAAAAUCAGUUCCUGAGUAUAAGGUGCUUUAAUUUAAACAGUGCUUGGCACUUAGUACACGCUAUAGCCAUUAUUGUUGUAGAGUAUUUAUUAGUAUGAUCGUUAAGUUUUGCCAAGUUUUAAAAAAAAUUAUUAGUUUAAUUUAUGGGUCAUAUCAUUUAUUCUUUUUGUACUUCAUUUUUUUUUUUCAGAAGGUUCCUAAUAAUUGAAAUUCCUUUGCAUUCCUGGAAUAAAAUCCAUUUGUUCGU